AUGGAAAGAAACAAUAAGAGCAGCCCAAUGGGGUUCAUUCUGUUGGGUUUUUCUGACCAGCCUCAAAUGGAAAGAGUCCUCCUUUUCAUCAUUGCCAUAUUUUAUGUUCUUACCCUGAUGGGGAAUACAACUAUCAUCCUGGUCUCUUUCCUGGAUCCCAAACUCCACAGCCCAAUGUAUUUCUUCCUCUCUAACCUCUCUUUUCUGGAUAUUUGCUUCACUACCAGCAUUAUUCCUCAGAUGUUAUGGAAUCUUAGUGGUACCGAUAAGACCAUCACUUACAUUGGUUGCAUUAUUCAGCUAUAUAUUUUUCUUGGGGUGGGUUCCACUGAGUGCAUCCUCCUGACUGUCAUGGCUUAUGAUCGCUACAUUGCAAUCUGUCGUCCUCUUCACUAUAAUGUUAUCAUGCAUCCAAGGUGUCUCAAACAGUUGGCAGCUGUGAUUUGGGUCAGUGGUUUUGUGGGGCCUUUGAUUCAAUCAAUAUUAACUUUUCAGUUGCCUCUUUGCAGUCACCACAGGGUGGAACAUUUUAUGUGUGAGGCUCCAGCUUUGAUCAAAAUUGCUGCUGUAGACACCACCUUUAUAGAAACUGAGCUUUCCAUAGCCAGUAUCCUGUAUGUUGUAAUACCUUUGGUCCUUAUCCUGGUUUCAUAUGGCUGUAUUGCUAGAACUACAUUAAGGAUGAACUCAGCUGAAGGCCGUUGGAAAUUAUUUGGAACCUGUGGUUCCCAUCUAAUGGUUGUAGCCUUGUACUUUGGGCCCAUAAUUGCUGUCUACAUACAGCCCAAAAAUGAGUAUACUCAGAAACGAACCAAGUUCCUAGCCCUCUUCUACACUGUGGUGACCCCCACCCUCAACCCAAUGAUCUAUACCUUGAGGAACAAAGAUGUGAAGGGAUCACUGAGGAGGUUACUAGGUUCAAACAAAGGCUCUGAACAUACAUAAACUAGGCAAACAGCAAAUCAUUAAAGCUCUACACUGAAAAGUACAUACUCCUAAAUGCUUCCAGGGAGACUGCUGGAUAAACAUGGCUGCAGUUUAGGUGUUGGAAUCUUCCUUCUCCUCAGUGCCUAACGAUAUAGACAACCUCAAAAGACCAAACAAAACAAAACAAAACAAAACAAAAAACUCGAAUUCAUAUGAAUGAAGGGACUCCACAGUAGGGUGCAUCAUUGAAGAUCCAUGGGAUUUGGGCAUUUUCACACUAUAAUGGGGGUGAAAAAACUCCCACCAAAAUGUGAGCUGAUGUACCCUCCUCUACCCCACACAUGGAGUCAGUGUGCUAGACUCAGAGCCAGUGCAUGCUAAAAUCAGUGAAUGAGUGAGGGACACCUCUAGGUCCUAGGUAGCGGAAUAAGACAACCAAAGACCUACCCUUCAGAGCAGCUAGACUUGAGACCCCAACAGGCAGAAGAACUUAGACCUUGGGCACCCAUGGGGAGAUAGCACAGAGAAGGGCAGCAAACAGUAGAAGCUACAGAGACUUGAGAGGUAGCCUCAGGCAAAAAAACUUGCUCUUUAGCUCCAUACAUAGAAUGUCUACCCUCCUCAGUCAGACUUCUGACUGGAAAGGGAAGGAAAAACCACGAUAGUGAUGGCAAAAAGUGCCCAGGAAAAGCAACUUCCCAACACCAAGAAAAAUAAGAAGGCAUUGACCCUGGAUAAUUUUUAUGGAAGAAAAAUCCAGACUACAGAGAAAAUAGCAGAAGAGGACAUACAAAUAAAUGCAUCCAAACCUUCCAAAAAAAAUGGAAAUUGGCCACAAGAUCUUGAAGAAUUUAAAUAAGGGCUUAUAGAAAAGGUGGAAGAAUGUUGGCAAGAAAGGUGGGAAAUAAUUCAAAAUUAAAUAACAGUU